AGCUGACAUCACAGAGACACAGCCAGUUGUCUCCGUCUCAGCUGAUGCUAAUUCAAGCUGCAUGUAGUGUGUCUUUGUUUAAUUUCCACACUGUAAAGGCAGCAGGAGCAGCGGUAGGAAGAAGAACGCCUCCCUCCUCCAGAGUUGUUUACGCGCGACGGAGCGAUGUCAGCGGUGCGCCCGGAGAGGAGCGUGCUCUCUCGGCUCCUCUUCUUCCUCCUCCUGAACUCCUGCUCCGCCUUUGAACUGGUGCUCCUGCACACCAACGACGUGCACGCCCGGGUGGAGGAGACCAGCGCACACUCGGGGGCGUGUAGCAGCGACAGCACCGCGUGUUUCGCCGGGGUGGCGCGCAGAGCGACGGCGGUGAAGCGGAUCCGGAGCUCCGAGCCGAACGUGCUGCUGCUGGACGCCGGGGAUCAGUUCCAGGGGACGGUGUGGUUCAACCACUACAGGGGGGCCGAGGCGGCGCACUUCAUGAACAAACUGCAGUACGAUUCCAUGGCCUUUGGGAACCACGAGUUUGAUAACGAGGUGGAGGGUCUGAUGAAGCCGUUCAUGGAGCAGAUCCUCUGUCCCGUCCUCAGCGCCAAUCUAAAAACGGACUCGACCCUGCCGGCGUUCAGCAGCUCGUACCUCCCGUACAAGAUCCUGACGGUGGGGGGGGAGAAGGUGGGCAUCGUGGGGUACACUUCUCAGGAGACAACAGCGCUGUCCAAACCAGGUCCAUACCUGCACUUCGAGGCGGAGGUUCCCGCCCUGCAGCUGCAGGUGGACAAGCUCCUGACGCUGGGGGUCAAUAAGAUCAUCGCUCUCGGUCACUCCGGGUUCACCAUGGACCAAGAGAUCGCCAGGAGGGUCCGCGGGGUGGACGUGGUCAUCGGGGGACACAGUAACACUUUCCUCUACACCGGAACCCCCCCCUCCACCGAAGUCCCGGCAGGAAAAUAUCCCUUCAUGGUGAAGUCGGACGAUGGACGGCAGGUUCCAGUGGUGCAGGCGUACGCUUUCGGGAAAUACCUGGGCAACCUGAAGGUGACUUUUAACAAGGCUGGGGACGUCCUGAAGGCAACAGGAAACCCCAUCCUGCUGGAUGGCAGCGUGCAGCAGGAUCCGCAGUUUCUUGCCGAUGUGAACGAGUGGAAGAAGAGUCUGGCGAACUUCUCCUCUCAGGUGGUCGGGAAAACAAUGGUUUUCCUGAACGGCUCGGCGGUGGAAUGUCGGUUCAGAGAGUGCAACCUGGGAAACCUGAUCUGUGACGCCAUGGUGAACAACAACAUCCGCUCCUCCGACGGCCAGCAGUGGAACCACGUCAGCGCCGCCAUCUUCAACGGGGGUGGCGUCCGGACCUCCAUCGACGAGCGAUCCAGGAACGGCUCCAUCACCAUGGAGGACCUGAUCUCCGUCCUGCCGUUUGGGGGAACCUUCGACCUGGUGCACCUGAAGGGCUCCACGCUGUUCAAAGCCUUCGAACACUCAGUGAGGCGGUACGGACAGAGCACCGGGGAGUUCCUGCAGGUCUCAGGGUUUCAGGUGGAGUUUGACCUCUCUGAGCCCUCGGGGCAUCAGGUCCAGAGCCUCAGCAUCCUCUGCACCAGGUGCCGGGUCCCCCGGUACGAGGCGGUGCAGCAGGACGAGGUCUACAAGGUGGUGCUGCCGAUCUACCUGGUGGAGGGGGGAGACGGGUUCUCCAUGAUCCCAGAGGAGAUGCUGAAACACGACAGCGGGGAUCUGGAUAUCUCUGUGGUGUCGGCCUACAUCGCUCAGAAGCCAUGGGUGUAUCCGUCUGUGGAAGGACGCAUCAAGAUCUUUAACUCGUCCCCGGGACUAACGUCUUCGCUGGUCUUACUGGUUUCACUGGUGCUGCUGUGGACUCUCUGUGGGGACAAGCUUGGCUGAGUUUACCCAGAGAACAGGAGAACUUUUCCACGUAGAACCGAGGGAUCUAACAGGACGGAUGCUCUUCUGACGGGACGGAAAAUCAAUCAGAAAGUUAGACUUUAUUCUUAGUUUGAUUUUUCAAUUAUUUUGAAACGAAAAAGAAUUGAAAAAUCUUGAGGUUCAUUUUUGUCUCUCCUGGGACAUGUCUCCAUGCUCUGUGUCUCUCCUGGGACAUGUCUCCAUGCUCUGUGUCUCUCCUGGGACAUGUCUCCAUGCUCUGUGUCUCUCCUGGGACAUGUCUCCAUGCUCUAAUGUUCAGAAAGCUCUUUAUGUUUCUCUUCCUGUGCUGCAGCUCCUCUUUUCACCCUCUGUCUGAAACCAGAGCCCAGUCUGCUCUGAUUGGUUAGCUGGCCGGCUCAGUUGUGAUUGGUCAACAGCUUAGAGAUGUCCCGCCCCUUUAGCCUAUCACGGACAAUGUGUUGGUUGUGUGUAACCGAUGGAGUCCGAUGGAAGGAAAGCACCACUACACGUUGUCUUCUAGAAAAACACACUUUCACUAAUUUAGCGGUAAAUAAUCACGAUUUUAGUUCAAAUAAAAACUUAAAAGAA